AUGAUGGACGCACAGACCUGGCGCGUGGGCUGUCGCUGUCUCCUCCUUCUGGCUCUCGUCGGGUCUACCCGAAGCGAGGGCGUGCAGAGCUGCGAAGAAGUUCGGAAACUUUUCCAGUGGCGCCUCGUGGGAGCUGUCAAGGGGCUGCCGGAUUCGCCGCGGGCAGGACCUGAUCUUCAGGUUUGCACAUCCACAAAACCUACAUGUUGCUCCAGGAAGAUGGAGGAGCGAUAUCAGAUGGCAGCUCGCCAAGAUAUGCAGCAGGUGCUUCAAACCUCCAGCUCUACAUUAAAGUUUCUAAUCUCUCAAAAUGCAGCCGCUUUUCAAGAAACCCUUGAAACUCUCAUCAGACAAGCAGAAAAUUACACCAGUACACUUUUUUGCAACACCUACAGGAACAUGGCCUUAGAGGCUGCUGCUUCAGUUCACGAGUUCUUCACUGAUGUAGGGCUCUACUUAUUUGGUGUGGAUGUUAAUCCUGAAGAAUUUGUAAACAGAUUCUUUGACAGUCUUUUCCCUCUAGUCUACAAUCAUCUCAUUAACCCUGAUGUGACUGACAGCAGCCUGGAAUACUCAGAGUGCAUCCGGAUGGCUCGCCGGGAUGUUAGUCCAUUUGGAAAUAUUCCCAAAAGAGUAAUGGGGCAGAUGGGGAGGUCGCUGCUACCCAGCCGCACAUUUCUACAGGCCCUGAAUCUGGGCAUUGAAGUCGUCAAUACCACAGACCAUCUGCACUUCUCCAAAGAGUGCAGCAGAGCCCUUCUGAGGAUGCAGUAUUGCCCUCACUGCCAGGGCCUGACUCUCAGUAAGCCUUGUAUGGGGUACUGCCUCAACGUUGUGAGAGGCUGCUUGGCACACACGGCAGAGCUUAAUCCACACUGGCAUGCAUACAUCCGGUCAUUGGAAGAGCUAUCGGACGCCAUGCAUGGAACAUAUGACAUUGAACACUUGCUCCUGAACUUCCACUUGCUUGUUAAUGAUGCUGUGAUGCAGGCUCACUUCAAUGGACAAAACUUAUCUGAACGGGUAAAUAAGAUUUGUGGCCGUCCAAUCAGAACACCCACACAAAGCCCUCGUUGUUCUUUUGAUCGGAACAAAGAGAAGAAUGGAAUGAAGAUCUCUACAAGAAAUGGUGAAGAGACACUUGCCAACAGAAGAAAAGAAUUUAUCAACAGCCUUCGACUGUACAGGACAUUCUAUGGGGGCCUGGCCGAUCAGCUUUGUGUUAAUGAAUUGGCUGCUGCUGAUGGACUGCCAUGCUGGAAUGGAGAAGAUAUAGUAAAAAGCUAUACUCAGCAUGUGGUUGGAAAUGGGAUCAAAGCCCAGUCUGGAAAUCCUGAAGUCAAAGUCAGAGGAGCUGAUCCUGUGAUAAAUCAGAUUAUUGAUAAACUGAAGCAUGUCAUUCAGUUGUUACAGGGUAGGUCACCCAAACCCGACAAGUGGGAACUUCAGAUGGGCAGUGGUGGUGGCAUGCUGGAACAGGUCAGCGGAGACUGUGAUGAUGAAGAUGGUUGUGGGGGAUCAGGAAGUGGAGAAGUCAAGAGGACGCUAAAAAUCACAGACUGGAUGCCAGAUGAGAUGAACCUCAGUGAUGUAAAGCAAAUCCAUCAAACAGACGGUGGUCGUACUUUAGACACAACUGGAGCAGGAUGUACAGCAGCGACUGAGUCUAUGGCCUUUACUCUGAUGGGUGCGGUGAUGUUACUUCCUGAGCUUUGGUAA